AAUUUCUCUCAUUGUCUACGAAAGUGUGAGUAAAGAGGCACAUAAAUCUACACCACACUUAUGUUUUCUCAACUUUAUCUCUUCUCUUGAAUUUUAGACUUCUUGUUCUUGUGUUGUGGUCCUAAUUAGUUCAGGAUAUGCAUAUCCCUUGGUUUUUAACUUCUACAUUUUGGUUGAUUUAUAAUGAAACAAACAAAACUACAGGAAAAGUGGAUACAUUAUACAUGCAAAGAGUACCACAGAAAUAUUCUUUCUAGUUCAGAGUUUCCAGAGCUGCACAACUUUGGAACUCACUCCAUAUCUCACUUGUCUUCCUCACCUCUACAAGUCUGUUGAUCUCUCAGUGUCUCUAACCUGAUCGAAGUUUUAAGUGCCAAGGAGAAUAACUACUUAAUCAUGUCAAAGGGAUUAGACCAUGAAACUCUGAAUGAAAACGUCAAGAACGUUCAAUAUGCUGUAAGAGGUGAACUAUAUCUUCGCGCUUCAGAGCUUCAGAAGGAAGGGAAGAAGAUUAUCUUUACAAAUGUUGGCAACCCUCACGCUUUAGGACAAAAGCCACUGUCGUUCCCUCGCCAGGUGGUCGCUCUGUGCCAAGCUCCAUUUCUGCUAGAUGAUCCUAAUGUGGGGCUUGUCUUCCCAGCAGAUGCUAUCGCAAGAGCUAAACAUUAUCUUUCAUUGACAUCUGGUGGUCUUGGUGCUUACAGUGAUUCUCGAGGUCUUCCAGGAAUUAGGAAGGAAGUUGCUGAGUUCAUUGAGAGGCGAGAUGGGUAUCCAAGUGACCCAGAACUCAUAUUUCUCACGGAUGGUGCCAGCAAAGGAGUAAUGCAGAUGUUGAAUACCAUGAUCCGUGGUGAAAAAGAUGGGAUUUUGGUUCCUGUUCCUCAAUACCCACUUUACUCUGCCGCAAUAGCUUUGUGUGGUGGUUCUCUUGUUCCAUAUUACUUAGAGGAGUCGGCUAACUGGGGUCUGGAUGUUAAUAACCUCCGCCAAUCAGUUGCACAGGCCCGUUCAAAUGGAAUAACUGUCAAAGCUAUGGUGAUUAUAAACCCAGGAAACCCCACGGGUCAGUGUCUGAGUAUAGAGGAUCUACAAGAGCUGUUACGGUUUUGUUCCCGAGAAAAAUUAGUCCUCCUCGCGGAUGAAGUUUAUCAGCAGAAUGUAUACCAGGAUGAACGCCCGUUUAUAAGUUCAAGAAAGGUUUUGAUGGACAUGGGCACACCCAUUAGCAAGGAUGUUCAGCUCGUGUCUUUCCACACUGUCUCCAAAGGUUAUUGGGGAGAAUGUGGUCAGCGUGGAGGAUACUUUGAGAUGACCAAUAUUCCUGCUGAGUCCGUGGAUGAGAUUUAUAAGGUUGCAUCUAUAUCUCUCAGUCCAAAUGUCCCCGGACAGAUCUUUUUAGGUCUGAUGGUCAACCCUCCAAAGCCUGGAGAUAUCUCGUAUCAGAAGUUUGUGCAAGAGAGCAAAACGAUCCUUGAAUCGUUGCGGAAAAGGGCACACAUUAUGACCAAUGGCUUUAACAGCUGCAGAAACGUCGUCUGCAACUUCACGGAAGGAGCUAUGUAUUCAUUUCCACAAAUACGUCUUCCUCCAAAAGCAAUUGAAGUUGCAAAAAUGGCUGGAAAAGUUCCUGACGUGUACUACUGUCUGAAGCUCUUGGAGGCAACAGGCAUUUCAACUGUCCCUGGUUCAGGUUUUGGCCAAAAAGAAGGGGUCUUCCACUUGAGGACUACUAUCUUACCAGCUGAAGAAGACAUGCCAGCUAUCAUGGAUAGUUUCAAGAAGUUCAAUGAUGCAUUCAUGGAACAAUACGAAGACCAAAGAGGUUAUUCGAGAAUGUAGAUGAAGCAACAAGCCAACGCUUACAACAAGGACCUAAUCUGUGAUUCUGUAAAAUAUUCUACACAGAUCUCUGUCAUUCUGUUGAUAUAUUCGUACUAAUUACUACAGUUAUUAUCUAUCUAUUUUCUCUACAGAACAUGACAGUUAAACUUAAACAUGUAUUUCUUCAACUUGAAAUUCCUGCUUAAUCUCAUUCUAAUCUACAAUACUUUAUCAUG